CGCCGGGGCGGAGGAAGGGGCGUCGCGAGGCGGCGGCGCUUGGCACGGGGCGGCCGGCCCCAAGUUCUGCCGCCGCCCUGCGCUUCGGCCCCGGCGACCCCCGCGGAAAUUUCGCCGGCGGGGCAGGCGGCCCGGGAGUCGGAGGAGACACCCCACAGCUGCUCCCCUUUUGGCUGCCCCGCGGUCUCGGGUGCCAAGCCACGCACUUGCCGCCCCGCCCCGCCCCGCCCCCCCGAGGCCGCCCUGCUCGCCCCGCCCCGCCCGCCGAACUCCGCGAAGAAGAGCCCGCGUCUCCCCCGCAGCCCCGAGGCUUAGAAAAGCUGGAAUGAGCUCCGCGCAGCUUCUGUAGGAACCCCGACGGCUGGAGCAGGACAGAGAAACGUUUUGUUUAAGGGCUGCUAAGUUUAUAAACUGCACAUGACCACAUGGAAAAACCUGGGGCGCUGAUAUUUAUUUUUCUGCUUUUUUUCCUUCCCCCUGCAUGUGACUUUUAUCACAUUCAAACUUCUUGCAAAAGAAGGAGACUUUGUCUGGGAGCAAAGGACUCCUAUCCCUCUGCAAACGAGGGCACAACCCGGGCCUUGUCACAAGAUCUCUUGCCUUGGCUGCAGCAAACGAGGCCGGGCCCUGCGGCAGGUUCCCUCGGUGGCCCUUGCCUGUCCCUUUCUCCUUUUCCGCAAGCUGCCUGAGCUGAGGGAGCCGAGCCGGCAAACCUUUUCUUCUCUGGAAAGAGAGACAGGAAUUAUUCUCCAGCACUGGAACAAAAGUGCCGUGAACGUGAGGACGAAGAGAAGGAAAACGGUGGGCCCUGUCCUGCAGCUCUGGGCUUUGUGCUGUUGGGUUAGGAGGGUGAGGCAGGUGGAAGAAAGCGGAGAGGAUGAUAAGAGCCGGCUUUCUCAAGCAAACUGCCCGGCGCAGCUUGUGAAAGCAUCCUCUGGCUCUUCGGCCCGAGGCGUCCAGCUCCCGCCUGCCCAAGGGUCUCUCACCGGCCAGUGGGCUGAGAAGGGGCCUCUUCAGCACCUGCGGCCAUGAAGUGGCUCUCCUGAGUGAGGGAUCUGUCUUGCCUCUCCAUUCGCCCGCUUCUUCCCUCGGCCUUCGGGGUGGCCCCAGCCGGUCCUCGGGUGAGUUUCUGGGCAUAAGGUGCCUGGUCUGCGUGCCAGCAGCGGCAGUGUCCUUCUGUCUGCCCUGCCCUGCGCAAGAGGGAUGCAGGACUGCCAGGCGGCAGAAGGGGGGCUGCUCCCCUGAGACGCCCUGCUGGCUCGGCUCUCCCAGGAUGGACCCUGGAAACGACCCCCUCCUCUUUGCCGACGUCUGCUUGUGUGGGUAUUUGCGCAAGCAGAAAUCCCGCCGCCGCCGCUACUUCGUUCUACGCCGCAGCGGGGAGCGAGGGCCCGCCCGGCUCGAGUACUAUGACAACGAGAAGAAGUUCCGGGCGGGGGGCCUUUGCUCACGCCCCAAGAGGACCCUCCUCCUCGAGGGAAUGCUCACCAUCAACAAGCGGGCGGACGCCCGGCACCAGCACCUGAUCGUCCUCUGUGGGCGUGAGGGCACCUUUGGUGUGGCCGCAGAGAACGCUGAACAGCAGCAGGCGUGGUACACGGCCAUGGUGGAGCUGCACGGCAAGGGAACAGCGCCCUUGGAGGGAGACCGCGAGGCCGCCCGGUCUGGCCCAGCCAUCAAAGAGGUAUGGCAGGUCAGCCUUCGCCCCCGAGGUUUGGGGCACACCAGGAACCUGGCCGGGGUCUACCUCCUGUGCCUGACUGAGAAGACAGUCAACUUUGUGAAGCUGAACUCUGACGAGGCCGCCGUGGUCCUGCAGCUGCUCAACGUCCGGCGCUGCGGCCACUCAGAGAACUACUUCUUCAUGGAGGUGGGCCGCUCGGCGGCCACGGGGCCUGGGGAGCUGUGGAUGCAGGCAGAGGACCUGGUGGUGGCCCAGAACAUGCACGAGACCAUCCUGGAGGCCAUGAAGGCCCUCAGUGAGGAGUUCCGGGGCCGCGGCAGGAGCCAGACGCUGGCCUCCACACCCAUCUCGGUCCCCCCACGCCGGCAGCCCGUCGGCAACCCGCCCUCCGGCCAAGGGACCUUCCCAUGGAGGAGCCACCCCAAGGGGACACCCUCUUUGGGCCGGCGCCCUGUGGCCUCAGGGCAGAAGGAGCCAGGAGCCAGGAAGCCGGACUCCUUGAGCGACUACAGUGCCAUGUCAUCCGACGAAGGUGGCUCCAGCCCGGGGGAGCUGCGGCCCCCCAGGACGCCCGACCCCCUGAGCGCCAUGGUGGUAGACGGGGAGCUGGACUACAUUGGCAUGGGCCAGCGGGCCUCCCCCGAUGGGGCCUGCCUGUUCAAGUGGCCGUUGGGAGGCAUGGCCGGCAAGCGGGCAUCUCUGCCCCCACUGGCCCUGAGCAAAGGCACCCCCAGCCUGCUGCGGCGGAGGCAGGGGGCCAAGCCCGCCGGGGUUUCAGUAAGCUACCCAGAAGGGCUCAACCUUCACGGUGCUGACCCUGGGUACAUGGCAAUGCUGCCGGGCGUGGCCACAGGCACCGAGGACCAAGACUAUGUCCCGAUGACACCCAGCAGUGUUUCCCCCCCACGGGCAACCGGGGGCUACAUGCUGAUGUCCCCCAGCAGGAGCUGUUCACCAGACGGGACAGGCCAGUGGGCUACAGGGGGCGGGGAGAGCGAGUCUCCGGCCGGUGAGUACAUGAACAUGUCCCCUGCUGGGCAGUUUGCCCCUGACACCCUGCCUGAGUACAGCCCACUGCUGCCCCUCCCGAGCCAUGGCCUGUUCUUCUCCCUGCCACACUCCUACAAGCACGGCCCCAAGCCCCGCUGGAGCACCCUUGGCUCCCGGCGCCUCUCCUGCUCCUCUUCCACCAGCUCGGAGAGCCUGGAAGAUGCCGUGGCCGCCUCUCACUGCCCCCUUGGACCGUUCGCCGACCUGCCCGGGCACUCCGUCACAGUUGCAAACAGCUCCAACGCUGACUACGUCAAUGUGGUGCUCCAAGUGAUGCCGGUGGACUCUGGCCAGGUGGAGGUGCCCGACCGCUCUGCUGAGCUGGCGCCUGGCCCCCAAGCCAGCCUGCGAGAAAGGGCGAGGGGCCAUUCCAAGGCCAAGAGGAACAUUGCCCUGCCGGACGAGGCCCCAAGGGAGUGUGGUCUGAACUACAUUGACCUUGACCUGGCCAGGGAGGCUGCCCCAGACCUCACCCUCGCUUUGCACCCGUCGGCUGGCCCCUGCCAGGCAGGAGCCCCCCACACAUAUGCCAGCAUCGACUUCCACCGCCUAGGGGAGCUGCAGGGGUCGGAGGCGAACCCCAAAGGGCCUUCAGAACUCUGACCUUCGGCAGCUCAAAGGACGCUGGGCACGGGGUUGCCUCUUUGGCGUCCCACUUCUGGUCUCGGACAGCUGUGUUUCUCCUUUUUCCACAUUUCUGUCCCCGCUCCCCAUCCCAGGCUGUGUGCGGAUGCCAAGUGCUUUGGGGAGGUACUCCUGCCCGUUCCCUGCAGAGGAUGCCGACGAUGCUGUUCCUGUGCCUCAUGCACACCCAAGAUGGGCUGGGGGGAGGGAGCGGCAGUUUUGGGCCCCAUGCUUUGGGGUCUACAUGGGUGAGGGGAGACAACCCCGAAGCCCUUGCUUGCGAUGACAAGGGACAGAUUUGCUUCCACAACUGCCAGUGUUUGAAAGUUGCCGUGGCCUUGUGCCACGGGACCCCGUGCCCCGCAGACUUGUAACCUCGCCCCCACCUCUGCUGACGUAGUGCCUGCGUUAAUCCUCCCCUAGGGAGGCUCCCUCCCUCUUUUGCUGCUGCUGCUGCUGCAUUUUGCACAGGCCUGGGCCCGCUGGGUAUAUUUGGUGGGUGCAGGGCCCUCCCUUGCACAGACCCCCAUUGUCCUGGGCGGGCCAGAGAAACCAUUCUCCGUUCUGUGUCUGCUCUCUGGCCUUUGGAAAUAAAGUUUUUAAGUAUGGAAGAAAAAGGCUGUUUCACU